CGAUACUGAGCACAAUUCACUUCUCACGUUGAUCAUCUUUCAGCUCUGCAGCGACAGUGAAUUUCAAACUCAUCCCCGUCCGGCCAUCAUGCGUGGCUCACACAAUCCUGAAUGCAAUCGAAAAGACGUCAGCACAUUCAUAAGCCAAUUCCGCGGAGAGUGGAACCAUAAUCGUGUCGAGGCACUGGCGACCGGGUCUCUCUAUGCCACACCUAGCGAGACUGAACAUGUUCUCCUCCUAUACCACAUGCGGGUAUUUACGACGGUGUCAAAGUGGGCUGUAGACGACAGGGAGCCUCCUUUUAUCGGGCUUCUUACUAAAACUGGUGGGAAACUGACUGUCUCGAAUACCGGCGGCAAAUGUUUAUACAUCAAGGAGUUGCGGUAUUCGGUCGGACUGAGGACAACUUGGGAGUUGGAUUUGCCGGUCUUCUCCAUGGUGACGAUGGCGGAUACACUUCCGAACGCUUUCCAGUUGGCGGAUGAACUGGGGCGCGCUGAGUGGACCGACAACGAAAUCCGGCCGUCAAUCCGUGCAACGGGUGUAACGGCAUUUGCCUCCAGGAUUCUCUCAUUGAUGAGCCUGUGGACGUACAACUGGAGUCGUUUGCUCGACGACAUUGACAAGGCACUAAAGGUUGACCAUCUAAUAUUGGAUCUCAUAUCUAUAGCUUGAGAGAAUCCUCUCACACAAAGGCCGGCGGGAAGUCAUGGUUGAUAGCAGUGCUUUUGAACUGUCAGAGUUCUAUUUCGCCAUUGAACAGCUCCUGCGCAUUGCCGCGGACUGGAUACAAGAGAGAACACUGUCAGCGGAACUAAAAUUACCUUUAUUCCGCUAUAUCCCGCUGCCCAAGAAGCUGCCCUCGCGGUAUUCCACCAGAACUGGAAGAGG